GGGUGGGAGACAGUGAGUGAGUGAGUGAGUAGGAGGGAGGGCGGCAGUCAGAAGCGAGCAAACUAAUUCUCACCGAAGAACAGACAGUCGUGCCGAAGCAGGAGCGGCGGUUAGUUCACCUCUGUGAUCAUCAACCAAGAAACGAUAUCAGUCAUUUGUUUAGUCUUCGACCCCGCGAGUGCCAACUGGGACCAGACUUUUACAUUUUGGAUAGAGGAGGGCUGCAAAGAAGCGCACCCGCACUUCUCCAAAACCGCUACAAGUCAAGGUGAAUGCCGUCAUGCCAUUUGGGUGCCUUGCCCUGCGAGAUGGGCGGACUUAUGAUAGCAUGUCUGAUGUCACAGACAAGUAUGAGAUCGGACAAGUCCUUCGAGCGAAGGAGUUCUGCGAGCUGUGCCUGGCGAAGGACAGACAAACAGACAAGGUGUUUGUCUGCAAGAAAUUCCUCAAGAAAGACGGCAGAAAAGUCCGCAAGGCUGCCAAGAACGAAAUCAUGAUCCUGAAAUUGGUCAACCAUCCAAACAUCCUUCAGCUGAUAGACACGUUUGAGACGAGGAAAGAAUACUUCAUCAUCCAGGAACUCGCCACAGGGGGAGAUGUAUUUGACUGGAUUCUGGACCAAGGAAAUUACACGGAGAGAGAUGCUUCCAACGUCAUCAGACAAGUCCUCGAGGCUGUGGCGUACUUACAUUCCCUCAACAUAGUUCACAGGAACCUGAAGCUGGAAAACCUGAUGUACUACACAGAAAACAACCACAACAAAGUAGUCCUGCGUGAUUUCUACCUGUCCAGAUUUGAGAAUGGACCCAUCACAGAGCCAUGUGGAACACCAGAAUACCUAGCUCCUGAAGUGGUGGCUCGUCACCGAUAUGGCCGUCCCGUGGACUGCUGGGCUGUGGGUGUCAUAAUGUUCAUACUAUUAUCAGGUAACCCUCCUUUUUAUGAUGAAACAGAGGAGGAGAACACGGAUCUACAUAAUCGCAUCAUCUUCUGUCGCAUUGUUGCCGGAGAGUUUGAGUUUGAUUCUCCUUACUGGGAUGACAUUUCACCUGCAGCUAAGGAGCUUGUUUGUCGACUUAUGGAAGUGGACCAGAUGCUGAGAAUCACAGCGCAAGACGCUCUUUGGCAUGAAUGGAUUGCAGGGAACGGUGCAUCAGAGAAGAACCUGAAGGAUGGUGUGUGUGCCCAGUUUGAGAAGAACUUUGCAAAGGCCAAAUGGCGGGAGUUGAAGAAAGCAAUCCGCGUCACCACUUUCAUGCAACGACUGAAGAAUUCGGAGGCACUGAUCGACAAUUCGGCCGAAGUUCCAGGUGGCGAAGAGGCAGGCGAUGGGGAAGGGGGUGUUUCUCAGGGGACAAGUGAUGAGGGAGAUAGGGGGACGAGUGAUGGAGGGGUGACUUCGAGUAGUGUGUCCUUAGAAGUUACUGUUGAGAAUUUGCCAACAGGUUUGGACCAAGAUGAGGGGGUGAGUAAAGCAGAGAAACAAGAGGAGGCAAAGAUGCCCGUAGGCCCAUCUGUAGGAAUUUCCCCAUCAGAUAUUCAGGACCCUAUCUGCCAGUCCAGUGCAUCCCCUAAACUUGCACAGGAGGAGCCUAUUAAGGUUGGUGCAAAGAAAGGUGCCGGGGAUGGAACCAGGAAAAUGGCUGCAAAUUUGGGUCAAAAUAGGGUUGUUCCAGAUACUCAAGAGACCCCCGUGAUAACCCCUGACCCCUCAAAGCUGUUAGGCAGUUCCACAGGGGCUAAUCUUGACCGGAAACACACAUCUGCAUCCCCAGAGCCUAGCAGUAAACGUAAAAUGGCCGCUACACUUCACGGUGCUCAACCUACAGGAUCUGCUAUGGCAUCGGCCUCACCAGGAAAGAGGCCCACCACACAAAGCGAGCAGAAGGAUGAAACUGACGGAAGCUGGUGUCAGACACAAGUACCUGAGGCAGUAGCAGAGAGGUCAGUGGUAGCACCUGUCACUCCAGGAGUAGGGACCGGGGCUGGGGCAGACGUAGGAACAGAAGUUAGGUUAAGGGGUGAUGCUAGUCCCCUGGGUAGAAGGGACAGGAGUGCCAAGGUAGACAGACACAGUGCUGAGUUUAGCAUAGCUAGGGCUGGUCCUACGCCAGGUCCUACGCCAGGACAGGGUUGUUAUACAAUCGGCAGCUCUGCCAGUUUGGGCCGUCAUGCAACACCAUACAACCCAGAAAUUGGAGCUGUGGGCAUGGGGAUAGCAGGGAGCUAUGGGAGUCCAUACAGUUCCCUGUAUACAAGCGGGGCAGGGUUAAGCAUGUACGGGACUGGGCUACCGCAUGCAGGCGGGGGGAGCAGCACUACAAGUGAUUGGCAAAUGGACAGUGUGAUCGAGCAGAUAGAGAAGCAAAUGGCCGCCGUGCUGGAGAAGAUCGAGGGAGACAUGCCCUCUCUGCUAGAGCAAAUCAGUGACUGCCCUGCAGAACCCCCACGCGCCCGCAGCGCACACGCCUCCCCUGCCACCUCGCGCGCACGCCCCUCGCAACGGCCCUCAACUGCGACCUCCACCACUCCUCCGCCACUUCCCACCUCUCCCAGACCUGCACUGCCGUCUCUCCCUCGCCUUACUAUCCCUCCUCCUUCCUACCCCCCACCCUCUCCACCCACACAGGUCUCACCACAGGCUGCGGGAGAGCAAGAAGACAUGGAUGGACACAGGGGUGCUGCUCAUUUCAGCCAGUCCCCCAGGGCUGGCAUGGGCAGGGGGGUAUGAAGCAGGUGCGCAUGAUGCAAUGCAUAAAUACAAAACACCCAGACCACUGGAUCUACCGUUUAAACUUUAGGGUUAAAUGCCUCAGUCUCACCCAGAAGUAUUAUCCACUUGCUCCCUAGAAGAAAAGUAAUCAUACAGUAUUGUUUGGUCUGGCUGAGUGUUCACACCAGAUGACUGUUUAAGAGAAAUCCCCCAAUGGCAUCCAGACACUCUCACAACUAGAGUCUAAGGGGGGGUAGAGUACUGCUACCAUGACAGCUGCCAAGACCAAGAAAGAUCUUAAAAGUGUGUUUAUAUCUCAUACCCAGAUUGCGUGCCUGAAUGUUAAGCACACAGCCAUCUCAGACUGGAAUCCGGGCACUCAGCACAGUUUGCAAAUUACGAGCCUACCCAAAAAGAACUGGUAUAAUCCUCAGCUUACAGUUGGAGAAGAUAGCCGAGGAAUGGUUGAUUUGCAUUAUUCCCUGCAGACUGUAAAUACACCAAAAGAGCUAAGUUCCUAAUUCUUGCUUUACUCCCACAUCGUAAACUUCCUCAUAUCCAAACUGACGUUUAAUUAUUUUUUUUCAAAAGCCGAUCAUCCCCGUUCUUUAUUUUUCUUUCCUAUUUUAUUUGUAUUUAUGUCGUUGCUAUUCAUUCUAUUGUGAGGCUUGGAGAAGCGAAGUUGUACAGAAGUAUGUGAAAAUGAACCGAUAAAGCCAUUCUACCGGCUGCUGGAAAUCGUGCUUUGUUUUGUUAUAUAGUGUAUUUUAAACUUUAACACAAAGUCUUGUGAGUUGCUCCACGCCUGUUGGAGAGCUGGGGAAAAAUCUUUCAAAUCAAGAUAAUGUAUAAAGGCUUUGCAAUAACACUCGCACACUCACAUACAUAUUUUCUCUUCUUUUUUCCAAAGGUCUCCAAAAAUCUCUCACAGAAAGUUUGUUUUAAUUUUCUGCAGUUUUUUCAACACAUUAAUUUGGUACUGUUGAUUAAUUAGUCCUGUCUGUUGGCUCCUUUUUGUCAUAUGAAAAUGUCCUUCUGAAUAUCAUUCUGCCUUUGAGUGUAUGUAAUACCAGGUUCUGUGCAUUUCUCCUGAAAAAAAAUAGGCCUCCACUAUUUUGUCCCUAUGUAAACUGUGCUCUGUUUGCAAGUCUUUCAAUAAAAGUUACAAAGCUACAUUUUCA